AUGACUUCUGUUGGGUAUGGCGACCUUUCUCCCAACGACACUCUUGCACUAAUAUUUGCUUCUAUCUUCUCUCUUUUGGGUUUGUGUGUUAUUGGGAAAGUGCUAAGUAUGAUAUUAAACGUUGUAGACGAGCAACAAAUAGAUAACUUGCGUAACCUUUUGUCAAGUAAGGAUCAAACAGUCGCUACUAUGAAGAAAUCAAUCCUGAAAGGGAUCAAAAAAAAAAUGGUCAUCCUUGCGGUGCUUAUGGUUGUUGGGACGCCUUCCCUGAUUUUGAUCGAGGAAUUGGACUUUAUUCAUGCCUUGUAUUGUAUCAGUAUAACGAUCACAAGUGCAGGUUACAUGUUAUUUACUUUUACGGAUAUAUACGUUGAAAACAGACAACGGUCAAAAGUAUUGAAAAGAAAGAUGUCAGCUACUCGACCAGGUGCUCCACCAAUGAUGCCAAUUGCUCCAAAACGUGAUGAUGGUGAUCUAAUGAUCCCUGACGGUCUAAUAGAGGAGGGUAUGUCCACCCAAGAAGAGGAUGAAGCAGCUAUAAUGGAAGAAUUUAAAAGACUUGACGUCAAUGGUACAGAUAGGUUGACAUUACGUGAAGAAGGCAUGCAUGCCAUCUACGGUUACUUUAAGGUCGGUUGUUUGACACUCGAAAAAGCUCGAUACCAGAUUUUAUUCGGUCUCGAUGGGUUCUCGAUCGGUCUAUGUGGAUGUGUACUUACACGUUGA